CCUGCCAAAUACGACUUCAACUAUGCUGUAAAGGACGACUACUCCGGCAACGACAUCGGCCACCAGGAAGCUCGUGAUGGGUACAACACCCAAGGUUCCUACUACGUCCUCCUUCCCGACGGUCGUCUGCAGAAGGUGACCUACACUGUUAACGGCGACUCUGGCUACGUGGCUGAGGUCAGCUACGAGGGUGAGGCCCAGCACUCUGAGUACAAACCUGCUCCUACAUACAAGCCAUGCCCCUGCUACAAGCCUACUCCGCUUACGAACCUAAAGCCUGCCCCUGCCUACAAGCCUGCUCCUGCUUACAAGCCUGCUCCCGCUUACGAACCUGCCCCUGCCUACAAGCCAGCUCCCGCUUACGAAUGCCCUGCCUACAAGCCUGCUCCUGCUUACAAGCCUGCUCCCGCUUACACCUGCCCUGCCUACAAGCCUGCUCCUGCUUACAAGCCUGCUCCCGCUUACGAACCUGCCCCUGCCUACAAGCCUGCUCCCUACGAACCUGCCCCUGCCUACAAGCCAACCCCAGCCUACUACGACUUCAACUAUGCCGUGAACGACGACUACUCCGGCAACGACUUCGGUCACCAGGAGGCCCGUGAUGGCUAUGACACCCAGGGAUCCUACUACGUCCUCCUUCCCGACGGUCGUCUGCAGAAGGUCGCCUACACUGUCAACGGCGACUCCGGUUACGUGGCUGAGGUCAGCUACGAGGGUGAGGCCCAGUACCCCGAGUACAAGCCUGCGCCUUCUUAUAAGCCAACCCUACAUAUGCCUAAUAUGACAUGUACGCAGUAA